GCGCAUCGAAGCAUUUGUUGUUGCUACCAAAGUUUUAGUAUCAUUGCUGCUUGCCGUGCGAGUAUCCCGAAUCAUUUGUGCAUUCCACCCGACUCUAUUGACUGAAAGAAAUUAAAUUUACUUGCCAUAAAUAAUUUCAAUAUCGUAAAAAUGGUUGAAGAAACGAAUGUUAUUGAAGAGAAUCAAAUCGAUUUGUCUGGUGAUGGAGGAGUUUUGAAGAAAAUCUUGCAAGAGAGCACCUCCGAUGAACAGCCAUCAUCUGGAUGCAAAGUUUCACUUCACUACACCGGCACACUACUCGAUGGCACCAAAUUCGAUUCCAGCCUCGAUCGCAAUGAACCAUUCGAAUUUGAAUUGGGCAAAGGUGUUGUGGUGAAGGGUUUUGACAUGGGUGUUUCCUCGAUGAAAAAAGGCGAAAAGGCCGUGUUCACCUUCAAAUCCGAAUAUGCGUACGGAGCUUCUGGCAGUCCGCCAAAUAUUCCACCAAACGCUACUUUGAUCUUUGAGAUUGAGUUGUUGGACUGGAAACCAGAAGAUCUUAGCCCACGUUCAAACGGUGGCAUUUUGAGACACGUCAUUAAAAAGCCUAUCACACGGAAAACACCAAACGAUGGUGCAUCGGUCACUGUCAAUCUGAUCGGUUCGUAUGAGGGUCGUGUGUUUGAUGAACGUAAUUUGACAUUCUCCAUCGGCGAAGUGCCCGAUGAUGAGGUUAUUUCGGGUGUUCAGAAAGCACUCACACACUUUGGUAAAAAUGAAACAUCAAGACUCAUCAUCAAGCCAGAGUAUGCAUUUGGUGAAAAAGGCCAUGAAGCGUUUGGAAUUCCACCAAACGCCACUGUUGAAUAUACAGUCACAUUGACCGAAUUCGAGCGCGAACCAGAGUCAUGGAAAUUGAACGCUGAAGAGAGUUUGGCUCAAGCAAAAUUGGUGAAAGACAAAGCAACCGGUUUCUUAAAACAAGAGAAAUACGAAUUAGCCAUCAAAUUGUACGAAAAGGCCAAUAGCUACUUAUCGAAUUGCAUAUCAUCGAAGGGUGGAGACGAAGAGCCACAGAAAGUGAAAGCGGCCGUUUUCUCAAACAUUGCUUUGUGUCAUUUAAAACUCAAAAACUACUACGAAGUCAAAAAGGCAUGCGAAACCGUUUUGGAAAUCGAUUCGAAUAACGUUAAAGCCUAUUUCCGUCGAGGUACAGCGGUGUUCGAAACUGGAGAUGCUGCGGGUGCUUUGGAAGAUUUCUCAAAGGUCCAACAACUAGAGCCCGAGAACAAAGCGGCCCUCAACCAAAUCACACUGUGCAAACAGGAAAUCAAGCGUCAAACUGACAAAGAGAAGCGGCUGUAUGCCAAUAUGUUUGCAAAAUUCGCCGAUGCCGAUACAAAGUAAAAACAAACCAAUCUUCCCCUACAUACAAAACACCAAUACACCUUUAAACCUAAAUGCUGCUGAAUCAACUCUAUGGAAUGUCAUAAUCAAUUGCUUACCCUUGUUAAAUUGUUUUGCGAUGUGGAUUAUUUUUUGGAAAAAAAAAACACAAUAUUGUAGAAGGAGGAGAUGAACAGAGAAGAAUACAAUUUCGACUCGUGCGGUGAAUGGAAUAACGAUUUUGUCGCGUUAAAUGGUGGUGGUCUGAAUGAAGCAGAUGCUCGCAAUCAAGCCAACCAAGUGCUGGAUGAUGUCAAUCGCAAUGUAGUCAUGAUCUAGGGGAAAAUCAGAUGCAUUUAUCAUCACCACCAUCAUCACAUAAAUACGAUAUUCAUUCCAUAGAAGAAGAAAAAACGCUUUUACUCAACUCAUUCGACAUUUUCAGUAGUCACACCAAUUUAGAGACUUAUUCACAUCUUUUUCCAAAUACAAUCGAUAUCAAUAAAAAUAAAAUACUAAAUUCGAAAAGAAA